AUGCUGAUGGAAACACAGAUUAGCCGCUCCCUCAUCGAGAGGGAGCGCCGCACUGAGUCUGUCUUCCGCCCACCCAAGUUCGUGAAGUGCGUGCCGCCACAUAAGAAAACACUCACGGCCACGGCUCGCCCAUGGUACCCGACGAGCGCCGAGGUGGAGAAGAAGCCGCUGACUCCUCGACUUAUCCUAGCACCACCCACCGCGUUAGGACAGUCACCAGAUGUCAAACCAAAAAGCGCACCUGUGCUCGCACCGCUCACAGACUUGUCGAUGCAGAGUCUGCAAAGCAGCCUGUUCUCUCCGCUCAGCACUCCUGUGCACACCUUCUUUCACACCAUCACAGAGGUGGCCACGGCGGCGCGUGUGUAUCCGGUGGAGAUGUUCAUGUCGGUCCGGAAGGAUGCCUCGCACACGCCACACGGCGUGCUCCGCUGGUGUGUGCAGCAGUACCUGGAGGUGCCCACGCUGAAGGUGCCGACGCACCUGCAACUGUCAAUGAGCGAGGUGCUGAACUCGGAGGACGGCAUUAGUCGCGGAGCGCUGGGCUCCGGCCUAAAGGGCAGAACACGCGCGAAGCCGGUGCGACAGGUGCACCACAAGGUGAUGUCGGUGCUGAGCCGCAUCACCCCGCAGAAGUUUACGGAGCUGCUUCAGGAGCUGAUGCAGCUCCCGCUGCGUCAAGCGGACGAAUCUGAGCUGCACGAGGUAGUCAAGGUGUUCUUUGACAAGGCCGUGCAGGAGCCAGAGUACAGUGAGCUGUACGCGCGCCUCUUCAAUGAGCUGUGCGAGAUGAAGGAUGGCGAGCGCGAGUUAGAGGCGGAGCUGCGCGACCGCCUCUUCUGCAACCGGAUCAACCGCGAGCUUCUACACACCUGCGACGAGGAGUUCCACCGCCCCAUCGAGCUGACUGCCGACGAGAAGGUCGACCGGACCACUGGCAAGCCCUACAGCGAGGAGGAGGUGGACAUGAAGCGCACUCGCCUGAAGAACCGCCUCGUUGGCAACAUCAAGUUUCUUGGCGAGCUUUUCAAGAUCAACCUCGUGACGGAGCGCGUCGUGGAAAAUAUGUUCAAGCUGCUCGUCGGCGACUUUGACCCGAGCAACCCUGUCGAGCGCGAGGACUACAUCUUCGAGGUUUUCUCGACGCUGAUCCGCACCGUCGGACCGAUUCUAAAGGAGCGCCGCCCGCUAAUGCUGGCGCGCUACCUAGGCGUGGCCAAGGCCGUCGAGAACUCGCACCCGCGCCCCCGCAUCCGCUUUCUCAUGAUGGAUCUGAGUGACCUCAACAAGAAGCAGGGGUGGGUCUCCAGCGAGCGGGUGAUGCGUGAGGCGGACUCGUGCGACGACCUGCAGCGCUCAUCGUCCAUGAAGCAUGUCGACAGCGUGACCAGCACCUCCUUCCUGCAGUCCUCCAUCAUGACCCCGAGCGAGGACAACACGAUGCAGCGCUGCGACUUUGCACUCUCUCGACCAGCCUCCGUCGCGUUCCGCGAUAACUCCGGUUUCGGCGCCAGCAUCACUCUCUCUCCCUCGACACCCAGCAACAGCCCCACCUUGUCGCGCACCUACGUCCCGCCGAAGCCGGCCUCGCUGAGCCCUUCGCAUUUGCGCCCCUCCUACAACGCGCCUGUGCAGGGCUCCCUGCCGGAGCGGCGGUCCCCGGCCUCCACCUAUAUUCGCCCGUCGAUCGACCUGCCCGCCUCUCACUCCCUCAGCAACGCGCCGCCGCAUUCCUCGCUGCCGCGAAGCCGCACUUCGAUGGUGGGAGCGACGGAGGUGGUCAACAUCCAGGAGGUGACACAGCAGCUCAUACAGAACUUCAACGACCCCAGGGAGGAGGCGACCGUGUUGAAUGGCAUUAGUGCGAUGAGCCUCAAGAACAAGGUACUGUGCCUGACAUGGUGGCUGCGGCAGGUGACCACCGAUACCUCACGCUUCGAAGAGCGGCAACGCAUCACAGAGUUGCUCUCCUCGAUACUCACCUCAUGCCCCUCCUUCCAGCCCAGCGACUUGAUCUCCGCCAUCAUUGAGUGGAUCCGCUUCGAUAUUGAAAAGGCGGAAUACCACCAAUGCCCCCGCAUGUUCGAGAACAUGGGUCACAUGAUCCAGCGCUGCUACGCUGCCGAUGUGUCUACGCUGCCGAACAUCAACGAGGUGCAGAACCUGCUUCACCUAGGCCUCUUCAACGUCAUGCUGCAUGACCUGACCACCUCGAACGGCACGGACCAGAUGGUUACCCUUGUCAAGAGUGCCUUCUCGAUUGGUGUGUCGCUGCUGAACACGAUCGCCGACCGGAAGAGUGAGGCGGCGACGCUGCGCGUGGCGCUGCAGUGCCGCUUUCGGCUAUUGCCAUACUUCUUCAGUGUCAGCAACCUCUCAGAGACCGGCAUUCCAUGCACCACACCCCAGUGCCGCACACCGACGACGCCGAAUACGCGCAAUAUCCCGCAGAUGGAGUCCAUCAGCAGCGUUGGCCACUAUGAUCCACUGUCUCAGUGUAUGCUGUUUCACAAGGUGGCCGACGAUGCCGAGUUUGUCGUGCUGCGCCGCGCCCGGGUCGAUGCCAGCGAGCGCACCGCGGCGUGGAGGGAGGCUUUGGUAAGCCUUGCCCUCGCGGAGACCGGCAACGGCUCCACUAUCUCGCAGCUUGUUCAGAUGGCCAAGGUGAUUGGUGCUCUCCUCGCAUGCUCUACUGUCUCGGUGAACGGCGCGAACUUGCUUUCGGCCACCGAGGUGGACGAGCUUGUGGGUGAGAUGCUGAAGCGCCGCUCUGGCCCGCUGUUCCAGGCCAUGGCCGCCAUGGAAGUCAUUAUGCACCACACGCUGUCCGUCUCCGGCUCGAACCCGCGCAAGAGCAUCCGCGUCCGGCAGCUACGUCUCAUGUACUCCCGCUGGUGCACGCUUAACAUAUUCGACACGACGGUCGUGAUGAACCUGCUGCAGAGCCUGCAUGCACCAGAGAACGGUUCCAGCGUCUACGCCGUGUACCACAACGCCCUCGUCGAUGCAGAGCUGCCAUGGGCCACCGUCCUCACAUACUUAUCGUAA